AUGGGAUUCUCGGCUCGCGGCUCGGGUUCCGAUAAUGCUUCCCAAUGGAAGAAGAAGGAGGCUCCCGCGGCUUCUCUCUCUUCUCGAUCUCGUACUUCUCAGCGGCCACAGUCGCCUCCGGUUGUGGCUACCAUUGGUAUUCUUGAGGUUGUAUACGAAGAAGACGAUCUGAAGGCCUUGGAGCCAAGAGGUGAUUCGGCGGCUCUGCCUCCCAGAAACAGGGGUUUCGAUUUCAGGAGAGCCGUCGGCGGUGGAAACUCCAAAGGAAAUGGGAAACCCCACGCGAAUGUCACUGGUGUACGUACGGACGAACGAAACCCUAACAUUGGAGUCGAUAACUCCCAAAAUUCUUCGGGGUACGGUACUGGGAAACCUUCGCCGGUAGCUAGGUCGCAGGAAACUGCUCGUCCUGCACAAUCAGUCGGCGAGGGAAGUUCAAAGGUCAGUGCCGCCGCGGGAAAAUUCAACGGGAACGUACUGUACAGACUUUACUUUAAGGGCUUGGUGAGCGAUGAGGUUGGGAAGGGGAAGACGACGGACGUGGUGGCUGGAUUUGGGAUUGCUAUCUGCGACCUGAGGGAUAACCUGUUGUUUGAGAUGAAGGGACCACUGGUUGACCGCGACGCGAGUCGUCAGGGAGCGGAGACUAAGGCAUUGACACGAGGACUAACCGAAGCCUUGAAGUUGGGGAUCAAACAGAUCGCGUUUUUCUCCGAUUCGUAUCCGAUUUUCCAAUACGUCACAGGAAGAUGGGUGCCUAAGCAGAAAAAGAUUUCGAUCCUAAUCAAUGCUUUGCAACAGAUCAGGCAACAGUUUACAGCUAGUCAGCCUGUUCUGGUGACUGGAAGCGAAGUGAAAUUUGCUUAUAAACUUGCUAGGGAAUCAGUCGUUUCUCAAGUCACCCCUCUCAGAGAUCCUCGCCAAGUUAGAGCAGCUCGGAAAGAGGAGUGUCGUAUCUGUUACAAUGAUACUGUUGCUGAACGCAUGUUUUCUGUCGGCAAAUGCCGUCACCGCUUUUGCUCUCCGUGCGUGAGAAACCAUGUAGAGGUGAAGCUGCUUCAUGGAAGGGUUCCAAAAUGUCCUCAGGAUGGCUGCAAGACUGAGUUGGCUAUGGAUGCAUGUGGCAGGCUUUUGACUCCAAAACUGGCUGAAAUGUGGAAACAAAGGGUCAAAGAGGAGGCAAUACCUGUGACAGAGAGAGUUUACUGCCCUUUCCCGAAGAGAUGUGUUGAGUGUCGUGGGCUCUUCUGCGGGGACUGUAAAGUCCCGUGGCAUGGAAAGCAGUCAUGCACCGAGUACAAGAAAUCGCAUCCUAAUCCUCCAGCUGAUGAGGUGAAGCUAAACUCUCUUGCGAGUAAGAAAAUGUGGCGCCAGUGUAGCAACUGUCAACACAUGAUUGAGCUAACAGAGGGAUGCAAUCACAUAACUUGCAGAUGUGGGUUUAAGUUUUGCUACAACUGCGGAGGCGUAUGGGACGAGAAGACGGGGACUUGUACUAAAUGCUGCCCAGAGGAUGAAGAGUACAGCUACUUUGAUGAUUCUGAUUACGAAGAUUACCAAGAUAUUGAUUAUGAAGAUGACUCGCAUCUUCGAAUUGGGCGUCAAAUGAUGAGGAAUCUUGGUUUAGAAAUCCCACCGAAUUUUGAUCCUUUCUUCGACCUACCAGAUGGUGUGCUGUUUACCCCAGACAUGUUAUCUCCCAAGUCUCGUCAGCGAUUUUACGAGGAUGAUUCGGAUGAUGAUUCUGAUGAUGCACCGACUGGUCCACCUCAUUUUCCUCGUCCUGCAAAUGAUGCACCGUCGGGUCCACCUAAUUUUCCUCCUCCUGCAAAUGAUGCACCGUCGGGUCCACCUAAUGUUCCACCUCCAGCAGAUGAUGAGCAUAUUCGGAUUGGGCGUCAAAUAAUGAAAGAUCUUGGCAAAGAAAUCCCAGCAGAUUUUGAUCCUUUCUUCGACCUACCAGAUGGUGUGAUGUUUACCCCAGCAAUGUUGUCUCCCAACAGUCGUCAGCGCUUUUACGAGAAUGAUGAAUCUGAUGAUGAACCGGCUGGUCCAGCUCAGUUUCCUUUUGCAGCAGCAGAUGAGGAUUGCCCAUACUUUGGAAAGUAUGGAAAGUACACUCCACAGUACGACUCGGACGGCCUUGAAUACGAGGAUUACACCAACCCUUUCCAUCCUGACUACUAUCCUCAGUUUUGA